AUGGCAAAGGUGACGCUCGCUGCAGCGCCCGCGCCGACGCUCUUCGUCAGCCCGGUGCACCCCUUUCUGGACGCCGCCGGCAGCUGCGUGGCCAAGUGCCUGCCAACGGCCGACAAGAAGGGCGCGCGCCGCCUGGCCACCGCGGAGGCGGCCGCCGGCGGCGACGACCGCGCGGCGGGCGGCGGCGCGCUCGGGCUCGAGCUGUGGGCGGCGGCGGGCGGCGGCAGCGAGGCCGGCGAGAGGGAGGGGCGCCUGCUGCUGGCGCCUGCUGGCGGGAAGCAAGACACGCAGAAGGCGGCGCCGCCGGCGUGCGCGAGCCCGACCGACCCCGGGAACUUGCUCGAGCCGGGCGUGUGGUCGCUGGCGUGGUCGCUGGACGGCGGAAAGACCAAUGAGGUGGGGCCGUUCCAGGGGGCGCUGCCGGCGGCGAUCAAGCUGGACAAGCUCGCGACGGCGCUCAAGGUGCGGCGGGGGGCGGUUGGCCGGGGGAGGGCGUUUGGAGCGCGCGCGGGCGGGUGGUUGGGUGCGUGGGUGGUUCAUGGUGGCUGGUGCGUGGCGAGCCUGUAG